UGGGGAGCCGGCGCCUGCGUACCCGGGAGCGGGUACCAUGGUGACGCGUGCUGGGCCUGCAGCGGCCAUGGCGGUCAAAUCUAGCUCUCCGCUCCCGGCUGGCAUCGCGUUCCUUCUCUUGGUCCUCUGCGAAGUCUCAUGGGCCCAGGUCUUCUCCUUCCCUUUCCGGCGGCCGGAGGCGUGCGGCCUCAAUCAGUACUUCGACAUCUCCGCGCUCUCCUGUGAGCCCUGUGGCGCCAACCAGAGGCGGGAUAGCCUAGGAACUUCAUGUGUAUGUCUACCAGGAUAUCGUAUGAUCUCUAAUAAUGGAGGACCUUCCAUUAUUUGUAAAAAGUGUCCAGAAAACAUGAAAGGCGUUACCAAAGAUGGCUGGGACUGUAUUUCUUGCCCUAGUGGCUUUACUGCUGAAGGAAAAUGCCACUGCCCUACUGGUCAUAUAUUAGUGGAAAGAAAUGUCAGUGGGUCUUUGUUAUCCCAAGCUACUUGUGAGCUUUGUGAUGAAAAAGAAAACUCAUUUACAAAAGCCAAUGUGUUAGGAACCAGGUGUGUGCGCUGUGAACCAACGUUUGUGAACACCAGCAGGUCUUGUGCAUGUUCAGAGCCUCACGUUUUAGCAGGUGGAUUAUGUUUCAGCAACACAGGGAAUUUUCAUCAACGUGUAAUUUCCACAGCACGUUAUGGAGAGCUUGGCAUGUCAUUAAACUCAGAGUGGUUUGCCAAGUAUUUGCAGGCAGCAGCAGCUGCAUGUUGGAUUCAUGCCAACCUGACAUCUUGCCAAGCUCUUGGAAAUAUGUGUGUGAUGAACAUGAACUCUUACGACUCUACCACAUUUGAUGCAUGUCGCCUGUUCCAUUAUAUCUUCGAAAGUACCGCCGGAUUGAGCAGUGCUCAUUCUAUCCCUUUCUGGAGACAGAACCUUCCUUGGCUGUUUUAUGGAGACCAGCCAGGAUUGGCACCUCAAAUUCUUGGUACUACCCCUCUUCCUACAAACUUCAGUUUUAAAGGACAAAACCAGCUGAACUUUGUUGCUGCUUCCUAUGAUAUAAGAGGAAAUUUUAUCAAAUGGCAAACUUUAGAAGGUGGUGUUUUACAGCUUUGUCCAGACACAGAAACAAGACUAGAUGCAGCUUAUUCUUUUGGAACGACCUACCAGCAAACUUGUGAAAUUUCUCUUUCUAAAAUCCUGGCUGACUUUCCCAGUCCUAUAUUUUAUGACAUUUAUCUCGAAUAUACUGGUGAAGAUCAACACCGUUACAUUUGGGCUGUUCCUGUGUUAAACCUAAAUCUUCAACACAAUAAGAUGUUUGUGAACCAAGACAGUAGCUCCAGCAAGUGGCUUCUCACUCGGCGCAUUUUCUUGGUGGAUGCAGUCAGUGGACGAGAAAAUGACCUAGGAAGUCAGCCACGAGUAAUUCGAAUUGCUACCCAGAUGUCACUGAGCAUACGCCUUGUACCCAACACAAAAAAUGGGAACAUAUAUACUCCCUUACUUACCAUUGCCUACAGUGACAUUGACCUCAAAAAUGCCAACAGCCAGUCUGUGAAGAUUUCCUUCUCAGUCAAAUAUGAGAUGAAUCAAGGAGAUGCAUUUGUCCAGACAGAUAUUGCAUUGGGUGUGUUGGGUGGACUGGCUGUGUUAUCAUCUCUUUUGAAGACAGCAGGGUGGAAGAGGCGCAUUGGGAGCCCCAUGAUUGAUUUACAGACAGUUAUGAAAUUCUUGAUGUAUUAUGCUGGUGAUCUGGCCAAUGUGUUUUUUAUCGUCACAGUGGGAACUGGUCUCUAUUGGCUUAUUUUCUUCAAAGCACAGAAGUCUGUCUCUGUCUUGCUGCCGAUGCCAGUCCAGGAAGAACGCUUCGUCACGUACGUGGGGUGUGCCUUUGCUAUGAAGGCUCUACAAUUUUUGCAUAAGCUCAUAUCCCAGAUCACCAUCGAUAUAUUCUUUAUUGAUUGGGAACGGCCAAAAGGAAAAGUUCUUAAAGCUGUUGAAGGUGAGGGUGGUGUACGGAGUGCCACUGUUCCUGUGAGCAUCUGGAGAACAUAUUUUGUAGCAAACGAAUGGAAUGAGAUUCAGACUGUGAGAAAAAUUAACCCUCUCUUUCAAGUGCUUGCCACACUCUUCUUUUUGGAGGUUGUGGGGUUCAAAAACUUAGCAUUAAUGGAUUCAUCCUCUAGCCUUUCUAGAAACCCUUCAGACUACAUAGCUCCUUACAGCCGUAUUUUGAGAUAUGCCGUGGCUACCGCUAUCUGGCUGGUGAUUGGAAUAAUACAGGUUUUUUUCUUUGCUGCCUUUUAUGAGAGAUUCAUAGAAGACAAAAUCCGGCAGUUCGUUGAUCUGUGCUCCAUGAGUAAUGUGUCCGUGUUCCUGCUGUCCCACAGAUGUUUCGGGUAUUACAUUCACGGGAGGUCAGUCCAUGGACAUGCAGACACUAACAUGGAAGAAAUGAAUAUGAAUCUCAAGAGAGAAGCGGAAAAUUUGUGCAGCCAAAGAGGUUUGGUACCCAACACAGAUGGGCAGACUUUUCAGAUUGCAGUGUCUGAUCAGAUGAGACAGCACUAUGACAGAAUUCAUGAAACACUAACAAGGAGAAAUGGCCCUGCCAGACUACUGAGUUCAUCAGCGAGCACCUUUGAACAAAGUAUAAAAGCAUACCAUGCAAUGAACAAGUUCCUUGGCUCUUUCAUUGAUCAUGUCCAUAAGGAAAUGGAUUACUUUAUAAAAGAUAAGCUCCUUCUUGAGAGGGUCCUGGGGAUGGAAUUCAUGGAGCCCAUGGAAAAGAGCAUCUUCUACAACGAUGAAGGCCAUUCUUUCAGCAGUGUGCUUUAUUAUGGAAAUGAGGCCACGCUCCUCAUCUUUGAUCUGCUGUUCUUCUGUGUUGUGGACUUGGCUUGCCAGGAUUUUGUUUUAGCAUCCUUCCUCACAUACCUGCAACAAGAGAUUUUUCGGUUUAUCCGCAAUACAGUAGGACAAAAGAAUCUGGCAACCAAAACCCUGGUGGACGAAAGAUUUCUGAUCUGACUGUGGCUGCGGAGCGUCAGGACUCAGUGACUGGGCACGGUCAGUGCUGCCCAGCCGUGUUCGGAGACUUGUAGUACAUACAGUUCUUUCAUUUUUACCUAUAGAAAAACUUAUUUUUAUAACUUGUAAAAUGUGAGAUACAGUAAAAGGUUCUAUUUCCCCAUUAUGUGUUGUAGUUAAUUUACUAGGUGAUACAUUAACACUGACAAUAAGACAAAGAAAAAGAAAGAAAAAGAAAAAAAGAAUUCCAAUGCUACUUUCCAUGGUCAGGUCUUGAUGUUACGUAAGCUAGACUCUGUGCCGUCACCAUUUCAGAAUUGAUCUGCCCACAUUUUCUCAGUUACAAAUCUGUUUGAGUCUAGGUUCAAAGCUAGUGUUCAGUAUUUUCAUGUUUUAUUUAUGCUUGUAGUUAAAUAAAUGUCUAAGGAUAUUUUCAAAUGUACUUAAAAUUUUUGGUUAUAUUAUUGCUGACUCAGCAUGCUUCCUUCUAAUACCUCACCCUGUCUGUCAGUGGGCUAGCCCCUCUUAGACAAAGUAUGAUGUGGUAGAAAUCCAGUUCAUUAUAAAACUGGUUUCUCAUGUCAUUUACAGUUAUUGAGCUGGGUGAUUUUUUUUUCCCAACAUAGGAUUUUUCACACAUUGUAAUAUUUUAAGAGCACUUUUCUAAAGUGUUGCUUUUCAAUUAUAAGUAAAUAUUAUAAAUAACAGACUAUAAAUAUAUCAUGUUAUAUUGACCAAUUUAUUGAAAGCAAAUUUAGGCUUCAUAAGUCAACAGCUAAUUUUUUAUUUUUGUUUUGUUGUUUUUGAUUUUAGGGAUAGAGUUUCUCUUUGUAGCCCUGGCUGUCCUGGAACUCACUCUACUCUGUAGACCAGGCUGGACUCAAACUCAGAGAUUUUCCUGCCUCUGCCUCCUGAGUGCUGGGAUUAAAGGCGGGUGGCACCACUGCCUGGCCUAGUAGCUUAUUUUUUUUUUAUAUAAGAAAUAUUGGGUUCAAGUACAAUUAAAGUAACCAGGCAGUGGAUCUCUUGAGUUUGAGGCCAGCCUGGUCUACCGAGCAAGUUCCAGAACAGCCAGGGGUACACAGAGAAACUCUUGCCUCUGAAAAUACAAUUAAAAAAUACAAUUAAAGUAAGCUCUAAACCAUAUAGUUAAUCAUUUUCUGUUUUUCUCCUCAAGAUACUCUUCACUAAUUCUUUACGUGGCAUACCAUAUACGUGGAGGGCCCUAGUACCACUGGAUAGUUGUUAUACUCCAAAGCCAACAUUCCUGACUGCUUUCUACAAUGAUGUCGUGUAACCACUUAAAUACAGUGCUGUGUACAUACUGUAUAUAUUUAUGAAUUGAAAAAUAUGUAAUAAAAUAUUUUACAUUUCUA